AUGAAGUACGAUGCUUGGAUAUUGUCGAAUGUCUGGCCAUUUAAUACCUCUGCUUACGCGGAGGCUGUUGAAGUAUGGCACGAAUACCGAAUUCCCAUCAUCAUCUCAACCUUCACAAUUCUUAUGAUCGUUCGGACGGUCUUGCAUACCCGGCUACCACGAGAAAAGCUUUCGAUAACGCCGCCACCAGCGUCUCCAACAUUGGCGGCCGAAAAGAAAAUUGCCCCCGUUGGAACAGGAAAUAAGAAACCAAUCUCAGAGAAGGUUACAGAGAAGGUUCCGAGAAGAAUUGUGGGCGGCGUGAAGAAGCGUAACUCAUCGCAAGAUGAUGUAGUAACAGGCGAUGAGAAAAUCCAAGUGCUGGUCUUCUUUUCGUCUCUGACAACUACUACCGAGAAGACUGCCAAAGUAUUUACGGAAGGACUGGCGCAGAAAUUGAAAAGUGUGAAUAAGGCAUCUAGGUUCAUAGAACCGGAAAUCCUAGACCUAUCAUACAUCGACUAUGACGAAUACUUUAUUAACCCUCCGAAAUCCGAUUCAAAUGUACAAUACUUUUACCUUCUACUCGUACCUACCUAUAAUAUCGACACAGUCCUCGACAAUUUUCUCGAACAUUUGCAAGAAACCCAUAACGAUUUCAGAAUCGAUACCGCUCCAUUGUCUCCACUUUUAGGCUAUUCAGUAUUUGGUUUUGGUGACAGAGAAGGAUGGCCAACAGAGGCAGACGGCUUUUGCUCUCAGGCAACGGAUAUAGAUAAGUGGAUGGCCAAACUUACCGCAAGGAAAAGAGCGUUUCCACUUGGAAUGGGCGAUCCGAAAACGGACGCGACAGAAAGACUAAAGGAAUGGAAGGAUGGUGUGGAAGAUAUUUUGGAGCACAUUGCGGAAACGGGUGGAUUAGGUGAAGGAGUUGUGGGUAGUGGUGAUGCUGUUGAGAGCGACGUGGAAGAUGUAGACGAGGACGACGAUGGUGAAGUGUUAUUUGCAGAACAGAAGGUUGCACAGAAGAAAACUAAAAGUUCGAAGAAGGAUGAUAUGAACGAUAUGGAGGAUUUGGGCAAAACCUUGAACAAAAUCGCUGCCGAGGCCGAAGAGUCAGGCGAAAUCGAGAUUGACUUUACGAAUUUCAGCAAGAAGGCUAAAAAGCCGACCGCGGCACCAGUCAUCAAGGAGAUGGUUCCCAAGGACUCACCAACAUUUAACUCCCUUACCAAACAAGGCUACUCAAUAGUUGGUUCUCAUUCAGGAGUUAAGAUUUGCAGAUGGACAAAAUCUGCUCUUCGCGGUAGAGGGUCAUGUUAUAAAUACUCAUUUUAUGGCAUCGCUUCACAUCAGUGUAUGGAGACGACGCCUUCUUUAUCAUGUUCCAACAAAUGCGUCUUUUGUUGGCGACAUGGCACCAAUCCGGUGGGCACCACCUGGCGGUGGGUUGUAGACCCGCCAGAAAUGAUAUUUGACGGUGUAAAAGCAGGCCACUACAAGAAGAUCAAAAUGCUUCGGGGUGUUCCUGGCGUACGUUCGGAAAGAUUUGCAGAAGCGAUGAGAAUUCGUCAUUGUGCUCUCUCCUUAGUAGGCGAGCCGAUCUUCUAUCCUCACAUUAAUGAAUUCCUUUCCAUGCUUCACGCAGAACGAAUCUCCUCCUUCCUGGUAUGUAACGCACAGCACCCCGACCAACUCGCAACCCUCAAACACGUAACACAACUCUACGUCUCCAUCGACGCAUCCAACCGCGAAUCCCUCCGCAAAAUUGACCGUCCCCUUCACCGAGACUUUUGGGAACGCUUUAACGCCUGCCUCGACAUCCUCAAGAAACGCCGCUUCGAACAACGAACCGUCUUUCGUCUCACCCUCGUUAAAGGGUUCAACAUCGAUGACGAAGUUGAAGGCUACGCCGCCCUCGUUGAGCAAGGCCUUCCCUGCUUUGUCGAAAUCAAAGGCGUCACAUACUGCGGCACCUCCUCGUCUGCCUCCGCGGGUCUCACUAUGCAAAAUGUACCUUUCUACUCUGAAAUCCAGGAAUUCGUACUCGCUCUCACCGCGGCCCUGCAGAAACGCGGAUUAGGCUAUGGUAUCGCAGCGGAACAUGCACAUAGUUGUUGUGUGCUUAUCGCUAGUGAUAGGUUCAAGAAUGAGCGCGGGAAAUGGUGCACGCGGAUUGAUUAUCAGAGGUUCUUCGAGUUGCUUGAGGGAGGUGGGGAGUUCAGACCCGAAGAUUAUAUGGGCGAGGAGACGCCGGAUUGGGCGCAGUGGGGGAAUGGAGGGUUUGAUCCGAGAGAUGAGAGGGUUUAUCGGAAGGGGAAGAAUAAGGUGCCACUUGCUGUGAAAGCCGAGGAAGAGGAGGGCGGGGAGUAG